CUCCGCGGUUUCGUUGGCAGACGGCGGCCACGAAGAACAGAGCGAGAGAAAAUAAAGUUGGAAGAGUUACGGAAAAUCCUUCCACUAAUCUGAAGGAUCUGGACGAUCUCCGGGACGAAAUUGAGAGGAUCUGAGGCAAAUCCGCCGCCGAGCAGGUGUAAAAAAUGUCCAAAGAAGAGCGGAAGAACGAAGGGAAGAACCAGUACAGUAUAAUCAUCCCAACCUACAACGAGCGACUCAACAUCGCCCUCAUCGUUUACCUCAUUUUCAAGCAUCUCAGGGAUGUUGAUUUUGAAAUCAUUGUUGUGGAUGAUGGGAGUCCGGAUGGCACUCAAGAUAUCGUUAAGCAGUUGCAGCAAGUGUAUGGCGAAGACCGUGUUCUGUUAAGAGCUCGACCCAAAAAGCUUGGUCUCGGUACUGCUUACAUUCACGGUUUGAAGCACGCGUCUGGCAAUUUUGUAGUAAUUAUGGAUGCUGAUCUAUCUCACCAUGUGAGUUCCAGUUAUUUGUUCGUCUUCUUUACAAGGUUAUCUUUUACUAGAAGCAUUUUACAUUCAUUCCUGAUCUUGUUUCCUUGCGAUCUCGUUUUACCAAUUUCCAUUAUCACCAGGAAGCAGUUAGAGACCGGUGCAAGUAUAGUAACUGGAACCAGAUACGUGAAAGGUGGCGGCGUGCAUGGUUGGAAUCUUAUGCGGAAGCUAACAAGUAGAGGAGCCAAUGUUCUUGCACAUACAUUCUUAUGGCCCGGUGUAUCUGACUUGACAGGAUCUUUCCGGCUUUACAAGAAGUCUGUGCUUGAAGAUAUCAUAACUUCAGUCGUUAGCAAGGGAUACGUGUUUCAGAUGGAGAUGAUCGUUCGUGCUUCCAGGAAAGGAUACCGUAUUGAGGAGGUUCCAAUUACAUUUGUUGACAGAGUAUUUGGAAGCUCCAAGCUUGGAGGAUCAGAAAUUGUGGAAUACCUUAAAGGCCUUGCUUAUCUGCUGGUUACAACAUAAGCUUGUGUAUUCUACAUAGACUAAACAUUUUUAUACUGAAUUUAGCUGAUUCUUGACACUAACAUACCGAAAGCAGUUCAAUUGCUCGUCUCCCUUUGUAAUUUCUUCUUCCUGAGGUUUACUAGGGUUCCCAAACCUCUUGUUUGUUCAUUACUCCUCUGUAGCUCCGUUCGUGUUAUGGAACAAGAUUCUCAUUUUCUUAGGGUGGGAAUCAUUCUCAAUAUAUAGUGUGAUCAUUCAUUAACUUCCUAUGAGUAUGUUCCCAUACGCACAUAUGAACUGCUAAUCUUGAUACGCGAGCUUGAUACGAACUGCUAAUCUUAAUACGUGGCUCGAACUACACCCCGAACUACCAUGGUACAAACUUGUACAUUACAAACAGGGGAAGAUGAAGGGAGAUGGAAAAGCUUUAGAAAGGUACAAUACGUGUGGAAAACAUUGAAGAUGAGAUUCACUGAUGAAUGUCUUAAAGAAGCAGACUAUUCACAGAAAGGAAAGAAAUCCGCUGUUUCCCCCUAAAAUGAUACCAAACAGAAAUGGUAACACAACCAACCAAAAGAACAAUCAGAAUUCAGACCCUCCUGACCGAUCUCCGGACUCCAAUAUUCCGUUCGCUUGGAAGAGCAGAUCUCUCGAAGUUCAUCGCCAGAGGAGCCGGCGGCGGCUUCUUGCUGUCUUUACACAUACUCCUCAACAAGUACCUCGGAGUCUCCCCACCGACCAGCCUCUGGCCGCCGCCGUAAGCCGAUGCCACGGACUUCCUCAAGCUCUCCAUCUUCCUCGUGGAAUCCCUCCUCUUCGACGACUCUACCGUCACUCCCAGCCUGUACGACGGCGUCUUGGCGAAAUCGUAUGCGGCGCCGCAGAUCUUCUUCUUCCGCAGCCGCUCGUUCCUCCUGGCGGCGUACUCGUCGUACAGUUUCCCCCUCUCGAAAAACAGGGGACUCGAAUUCGCGCUCAAGCUCCCGCCGACGGAUUUCGGUUUGGCAGCCAGAUCUCCGUUACCGAGCUCGUCGCGGACCUGCUUCGCCAGAGCACGCAGCUCUGAGGACAUGAACCGGUACUCCGGCCGGAGUUCCGUACCGCCGACGUCGACAUCAGUGGCCAGUCCGCGGCUCAGUUUUGCCGAUUUCAUCAACGAACCUGGCGGAGUCUGCAAGGAGGCGGAGUUUGAGUGGAGGGCGCGGCGGGAGCGGAGGCGGAUCGGCGAUUUGGCGAGCGGCGGCUUGCGAUUGAACUUCAUCGUCGACAUUUUCCGAGAAGGGUUUCGCUUUCUUUCGCUUUCUUGGUUUAGUUUGUUUGCUAAAUGGCAAUCAGAGAGCGUGGGUUUGAAUAGGGAAUGGGGGAAAAAGGAGGAGCGCCUUAACGGU